GAUUAGUGCCUUGGCUCGUUCGUCGUAUCCGCAUGUGCUAUAACUUGCCACGCUUUCAACCGGACUACUCUAGAGAUUCAUGGUGUCCGAAUCGGGUCAUCAUCUUACCAAGUGCAUCAAUCUUUUAGUCCAUGGGGCGCUCCAUAUAAAAUGUAUGGUUGCAGUGGCAUCAUCAGGUUUAUGGUGUGGGAGCAGGUAUAAAAAGUACACGUACCAGGCGCUCUGUGCUUUCUAUCUCGAACUCUUUGCAUCUGCCUGAGCGAGUUGGUUUACUACAGAUGCAGGCCCCAGAACAUCUUUCUUCAGAUGCCAAUCAUUCCGAGAAAGCAGGACGGGACCGCAGUGAGCUUGUGUCAUUGGAGGGUGGUGUCUCGGACCAGAUCUCGCUCGAGAAUGGACAUGCCGUUCGUUAUCGUACAUGUUCGUGGCAGAAAACGGCGGGACUGUUGUUCUCGGAAUAUAUAUGUCUGGCUAUCUUGUCAUUUCCCUGGGCAUUCUCGCUUUUAGGCAUGGUUCCCGGCAUCCUCGUUACUAUCGGGGUGGCAGCUACUGUGCAGUACACAUCUUUAAUCUUGUGGCGCCUCUGCUUGGAACAUCCGGAAAUCAGAGAUGUCUGCGACGUUGCACGCGUCAUAACCGGCGGAUCAGAGCUUGCAUAUCGCCUCACAGUCGUUAUGUUCAUCCUCAACAAUGUAUUUAUACAGGCACUCCAUUGUGUGGUCGGCGCAGAACUGUUGAAUACACUCUCCGGAUCCUCAUCAUGCACGAUCACUUUCUCGGCAGUAACUGCUAUAAUUUGCUUCUUGGUUAGUCUCCCGCGUACUCUGAGUCAACUGAGCUACCUUGGGGUCUUUGCUGCUGUCACGAUGGGAGCCUCUGUACUACUUGUCGUGAUAUUUUCUGGGGUCCAAACCCAUCCGUUCGACUUCACCGGAGAAGCUCCCAUCAUUACAGUAUGGGCAUCUGCAGGAACAUCGUAUGUCUCUGCCAUGUCAGCCUUUCUCAAUAUAAGCUACACGCUCAUUGGCCAAAUUACGCUACCCUCCUUUAUUGCAGAGAUGAAAAAUCCGAGGGAUUUCCCUAAAGCCCUUUGGGCCGUGACCAUCUCUGAGGUAAUAGUGUUCACGCUCGCGGGUGCAAUAGUCUAUCACUUCACUGGGAACCAGUAUAUCGUCGCACCAGCUGUAGGAUCUCUUCAGCCCGUCUUUAAGAAGAUUGCGUUUUGUUUUGCGAUACCAACUAUUGUCUAUUUGGGAUCUCUGUACUCGUCGGUCACAGCACGCUUUCUUUUCUUCCGCAUCUUCCGCGAUUCUGAGCACAAACACUCAAACACUCCACUGGCCUGGGGAGUAUGGGCUGCGAUAAUUGCUGCGACAUGGGUCCUUGCAUUCAUCAUCGCGGAAGUGAUUCCCUUCUUCUCCGAUAUGCUCAGCCUUAUGAGCUCUCUAUUUGACGGGUGGUUUGGAUUCAUAUUUUGGGGAAUGUCGUACAUGGUACUCUACCCUGGCAGAUUGAAAUGGGCGAACUAUUGGCGCAUUGCAGAAACCUUGGUAAACUACUUGCUCAUCAUCAUCGGUCUCUACAUCCUUGGCGCUGGUUCCUAUGUUUCUGUUCAAUCCAUCAUUGAUAGCUACCAGGCAGGGACAGUAGGAGGUCCCUUUAGCUGUGCGUCGAAUGGUGUAUGAUGGACAUCGGUCUAUAUUUCUGUCAUGACUGUAAUUUAUAGGGCUGAGACGAGACUGCCAGUGUCAUGCAUAUCCUUCUAACGACCAGUGUGGGGGACUACUUUUCUCAUGAACGUCUGUGUCCCGGAGGGUUACCUGGACCUGGCCAUCUCAUAAAC